GCUAGUUGAUAGCCCCCAACAAGACUAAUUUCCAAGGCAAAUAUCGAGAGUCGCGGCUUCGGAUUAUCAAGCCAGCUGGCUGAUUGUCACAUGGCAUGAGUGCAUGUAAGCCCAAUCCACUGCAAGAAAGUCUUAACAAUCAACAGUAACGGCUUUAACAACAAGGGCCCACCCCAACUAUAUUUUGAGGCUGAACCUGACGAUCGGCUUCCCAGAAGUUUCGGAUCUUCAGUAUUUUGGACCCAUUGCUUGGUCAGCCGCUAGAUCGCCAUGGCUAUUAGCCAUCUUAGGAUCGCGGAAUUUACCGUGACGUAUGUCAGGUACAAGUAUUGCACGGUGCCUUGAUGCACAUUCGGAAAACCAGUCUCGGGGAGAACAAUGUACUUCAGACCAUCGCAGAUUUCAUUUACUUGGCUGGUCUUCGCAGUCUUCGCGGCUAUUUGCCAUGCCGUUGGGACACAUCGAUUGUCUCCAGAGGUCGACUUGGGCUAUGCAACGUAUCGGGGCGAGCAUCUGCCCAUCGGCGUAACCCAAUUCCUAGGCAUGCGUUAUGCCGCACCACCACUGGGCGAUCUACGAUUUCGAGCACCACAUGAACCCGUAGCAGAAGCCGGGGUGCAGGAUGCGACGCAACACGGUGAUAUCUGCUACUCAAUUGCGAGCGGCGGACCACCCGUGCCGUCGAGCGAAGACUGCCUUUUCGUCGAUGUGUAUGCUCCAGCGUCUGCGACCAGAAACUCCAAAUUGCCGGUUAUGGUUUGGCUCUCCGGAGGCGCAUUUGUACAACUUUUUAACCCUAACUACAAUGGCACAGGCUUGAUCAAAGCGAGCAACGAUGGUGUUCUUGUGGUGACAUUGAAUUAUCGCGUAGGACCAUACGGCUUCCUGGCCAGUGAAGAUGUUCGCGCCGACGGGGACCUCAAUGUUGGGCUACUCGAUCAGCAGAAAGCUCUUGAGUGGGUUACUGAACACAUUGCAAGCUUUGGUGGAGAUCCGGCUAAGGUGACGAUUUUCGGUACAUCGAUAUCCAGCGUGUUCCUCAAUAUGCUCGCUCAUGGUGGCGACAAUCGCGGGCUAUUCCGAGCUGGUAUCUCAGCGGCACCCUAUAUGCCUUCUGUGUACGAAGUGUCGGACCUCGAGUUUCAAUAUGAGCAGUUGCUCAAUGCGACAGGUUGCGAUUCUUUGACCUGUCUGCGAUCUGUACCAAGUGAGAAGCUGCAAGCAGCUAAUAUCUACAGGCCAUUUCCAAGUCAGACUCAAGCUCCGCUUUUCCCCUACAUGCCAGUCGUCGAUGGGAACUUGCUCCAAGGUCAGCCUUCAGCGCUCUUGAAAGCUGGUAAGAUCGCAAAGGUUCCACUCCUUACAGGGACAAGUGGUACCGAAGGAACAAUUUUCGCUCCUCAGGCCAAUACAACAAGUGAUAUCAAUGUGUUCCUCCGAGCUCAAUACCCUCGACUGACGGAUGAGGAUCUCGCUGCGAUCAACUGCCAGUAUGAAGACAUCCCUUAUGGAUUUACACCACCUGGAGUGAAAACGAAGGAAGCUCCGCUCUUCUACCGCGCAGCUGCCAUUUAUGGAGACGUAGCGUUUGAAUGUCAGGCAUAUGAAUAUUCAAAUGCCCUACAGCAGACCGAUAUCCCGGUAUACACCUUUCUCGACGAGAUCCGCGAUCCUGUCGAAGUUGCAGCCGGAUUCAUUGUACCGUACACAUGGGAGCUUCAAGGUGUCUGGGGACCUCAAUAUGCGACCAACUACGUCGCUCUUGAAGGCGCAGAUGCGUACGAAGGCAUCAACGCGAAAAUGGUUUCGACAUUGCAGGGGUAUUGGACAAGCUUUGCCAAGACUGGAAUGUCACCAAACACAUAUCGGGCCAAACAUUCGCCGGAGUGGAGUAAAUAUGCGCAAGGGCGGGAGAUGAGAUUAAGAACAAAUGAAACGCGAAUGGAGGUGGUGAGUCAGAAGCAGCUGGAGCGCUGCCAGUUUUGGAAAGGAUUAAGGGACAAGACGCAGUUGUAGGUUUGAACAGACGUUCGAAACAUGUAUGAAAUGACCAC